UUGGUGUGGAACACAUUUGGAAGUGUAGCUGGGGGAUUUCAUUUGAAAUUAAAGCCGCAGCUAACGACCGUCUAGUCAGCGAUGCCUCAGGAAAUAAGAGUUGUGAAAUGUUAUAAAUGCCGGAUGUAUCAGACCGAUAUUGUGAAAAAAGCGAACAAAUGGCAAUGUAAACUGUGCGGCGAAAAGCAGUCGUUGCUUCAAGAAUUCUGCCGUGGCACUGGUAAAUUUUGUAGAGAAUAUGCACAAAAGAUGAAUUCAAAGUGCACAUCAAUGGACGAAGCCCAUUUAGAGGUAGCAACCAUUCUAGAAAAUCUAAAUCAGGAUCAUGAAACUGGCCCAACACAGUCAAACAAUAUUACCAGUUCUAAUAGUCCACCAACGAAGAACAAAUGGGCUAAAUAUGUAGAAGAUGAUGAUGAAAGGGGAAAUGAGGAAGAGGAUUUCAAUUCGUGUCGUGAAGAGUUUUUGAGUUGAAACGGAUAAAAAGAAACCGAUAUUCUGAAGGUGAAAUGACAUAUUCAACAUCUUUUGAACAAACAAUGGAAUUUUUAAAUGGUAGAGGCAUUCUAAUCAACAGCAACGGUCCAUCCUAUAAAUAUACGUAAAAACUACAGUUAGCAAAAUACAUUUUGAUAAUAAGUUAAAUGUUAAGGAAUCUCUUAUGAAGAUGUGUUCUCAGUUUAAUUUUUUUAAGAUACUUUAUGAAUAGAAAUAAAUAUUAUUAAAAAAAUCGUUCUCUACAAAAGCAGUUGGUUAGAUUGUUUGUUAGAGAGAUAGUGGAUCAAAUUCCACUGAAGUUUGCUAUUACAGAGAAAGUAAUGUAAUUGGAUCUAAGUUAGCUAAGGGGAUCGAUUUCUUAUCGAAAAUCUUUCAGGGUAACCAGAUUUCUGCAGAGAAUGACUUCUUAUCGGCGACUAUAGAAAACCUGAUUAUAAUUUUAUGGUAUGGAAUAAAUGAAAUGAGCCCACCAA